AUGUCAGUUCUUCGGUUAAUAUUCUUAUUUGUAUUCACUACUGGUCUACAACAUAAUCUAUUAACUACAUCUCGUCCCAAUUUUCUUAUUAUCGUUGCAGAUGAUCUUGGCUAUACAGAUAUUUCACCAUAUGGAUCUGAAAUAUCUACACCCCACCUCGAAUCUCUCGCAUUAUAUGGUGGAACUCUUUUUACCGAUUUUCAUACGGCCUCAGCAUGUUCUCCUACACGUUCGAUGUUGCUCAGUGGAACUGAUCAUCAUCUAGCUGGUAUCGGACAAAUGAGCCAUAUUUUACAACACUAUCCAGAAAUUUGGGAUGGAAAACAAGGAUAUGAAGGAUAUUUGAACAAUCGAGUUGUUGCUCUUCCCGAGAUCCUCAAAGACAUAGGUGGAUAUAGAACAAUGAUGACUGGAAAAUGGCAUUUAGGAUUGACAAAGAAGCAAUUUCCAUCGAAGCGAGGUUUCGAAAAAAGUUUUGCGCAGCUACGAGGUGCUGGCAAUCAUUUCAAUUAUGAAGUUAAAACAACAGAAGAAGAGACAAUAGUUGCCUUAAAGUCUUUGUUGUAUGUACGAAAUGACGAAUUUGUUAAUCAUACAACUUUGCCUAUGGACUAUUAUUCAUCAGAUUAUUUCACAUCAGAAUUAAUUCGAUUUCUCGAUGAAGAUGAUGAACGACCGUUUUUCGCCUAUCUGGCUUUUACUGCUCCACAUUGGCCUUUACAAGCGCCGAAUGAGUUGAUCAAGAAGUACAAAGGACGAUACAAUGCAGGACCAGAUGCAUUGCGUGCGGCUCGACUUGAAAGUCAACGGCGAUUAGGCUUGCUUCCUCCUGAUGUCGUCUCUGCAACGUUAUCGAUGAACGAGACAUCAUGGGCCGUGAUGUCCGACGAAGAACGAGCGUUCUCAGCGAAAACAAUGGAAAUCUACGCAGCCAUGGUAGACCGAAUGGAUUAUAAUAUCGGUCGUCUAGUCAACUAUCUCCAUCGAACGAAUCAAUUCAAUAAUACAUUUAUUCUUUUUAUGUCUGACAAUGGAGCAGAAGGAGCUGUUCUUGAGGCACUUCCGCUUCAAUCGAUUGAUCACAGUGUCGUAUAUUUUGAUAAUUCCUAUGAAAAUAUUGGUACAAAGACUUCCUAUAUUUGGUAUGGCCCACAAUGGGCACAUGCAACAAUGGCGCCAUAUCGGAUGACGAAAGGACACAUCACAGAGGGUGGAAUUCGAUGUCCGGCUAUUGUGUAUUAUAGUCCAUUGACGUUGACAUCGAGACGAGUAUCACAUGAAUUUUGUACUGUCAUGGAUAUUCUACCUACCAUACUCGAAUUAGCCGGUGUGGCACAUCCGGGCACAACAUUCCAAGGUCGACAAGUCUUUUUGCCUCGUGGAAAGUCUUGGAUGUCGCAUCUUCGCUGGCAUCGACCAAUUCAUGAUGCAUGUCAAGCUUUCACUGGUUGGGAACUUUUCGGUGAACGGGCAAUCCGUCGUGGAAAUUAUAAAGCUGUGUAUAUUGCCAAAGGACCACUUCCUAAGGAGACUAAAUGGGAGUUGUAUGAUUUGACGAAGGAUAAAGAUGAAUUGAAAGAUUUGGCAGAAGACAAACCGGAAGUGUUGAAGGAACUGAUUGAAUUAUGGUUCAAAUAUGAAAAUGAAACUGGUGUAAUUGUAGCACCGAAUCCCUAUGAACUUAGCUACAAAGAUCCUCAAACCAAGAAAUAG